AUGCUGCAGCAGGCCGCGACGGAGCAGAUGCCGCCAGCAGCCGCAUCCAGCGACCAUGGUCGCAGCAUGCACCAGCAUGUACAGUCAGGAGCCUGCCAGCGUGCUCGCCAGAAAGUGGUGGAGCAAAACCAGGCUAUGAACGGCAUGGUGAAGUGUACUAAAUGGGAGCAAGCUCUGGUGGUGUUGCCUGAGCUUCAAGAGCAACGACUUGAACCUUCGGUGGUGACGUACAACACACUGAUCAGCGCAUGUGUCCAGGGUGCACAAUGGGCACUGGCACUGUCGUUCCUGCACCAUCUGCAGCAGCAGCGGCUUGCAAAUGUGAUCAGCUUUUCGACAGCGCUGAGUGCACUGGAUGCAGCCAGCCUUUGGAUAGAGGCCGUGGCCCUUCUGAUGUCGAUGGGCGGUGCCAGUGUGGAGGGCAACUCGAUGACAUACAAUGCCGCCAUCAGCGCCUGCUCCAAGGGUCACGCAUGGAGUGUUGCUUUGCUGCUGCUUCACGAGCUGGAGAUGGAGAACCCGGAGGUGUCCAGGUCCAUCAUCCCCUACAACACAGCCAUCAGCGCCUGCGGGAGCAAUGGGAGUUGGGAGCUGGCCAUAGGCCUGGCGGCCAGCCUCGCUACGAGGACUUUGCGAGUCGACAUCGUCACCCAAAACACCCUGAUCUCUGCGCUGGAGGGCGGGUGUUGGCCAGAGGCACUGCGUCUCUUCAGGAGGCUGAGCCUCUCCUCCCUGCAGCCGACCACGGUCACCUGCAGCUCCAUCCUCAAGGCCUGCGCGACCAGCGAGAAGUGGCAUCAGGCCUUGAUGUUGCUGGCUGGCAUGGAACUCCAGGAUCUACCAACCAACGCGAUGUCCUUCACCACGGCCAUGAGUGCCAGUGCGCGCAGUCUUCAAUGGGAAGCUGCAUUGGCCUUGCUGAGAGACAUGAAGGAGCAGACGGCACCGCGCAGCGUUUUCGCGUACAACGCCGCCAUCGGCGCAUGCGAAGGUCAUGGUCUCUGGGAGCCAACUCUUCAGCUCAUGGCCGAGCUCUUGUCAGAGGGCAUGGAGCCGGAUGCCGUGACCUAUGGGACAGGGAUUCGUGCCUGUGCUAGGGCCGGACAAUGGCAGUGGGCGCUCUGGCUGUUCUCGCUGGUUGGUCACCAAGGCCCUGGCUUGAAUGUUGUCACCUGCAACUCGCUGAUAAGCGCCAUUAAGGACAGUGGGUGGCAACAAGCUCUUGCUGUACUGGCUGAUGUUCAGGACAUGCACGUUGAGGUGGAUGCCAUCACCUACAAUGCCUGCAUUAGCGCCUGCGAGAAGGCGGCCAAGUGGGAGGAAGCCUUGGCCCUGCUUGGGGCCUUGGAGGCUUCCGAGCUCCGGGCCGACGUGAUCUCCUUCAAUGCUGCCAUGAGCGCCUGCGAGAAAUGCGAGCGCUGGGAGGAGGUCCUCUGGCUGCUGAGGGAAGUUCGCCAGAAGUCGAUUGAGCCCAGUGUAGUCACCUACAAUGCGGCGAUUAAUGCCUGCAAGGGUGGAGGUCAUCCGCACGCCCUGGAUCUCCUCUGGGACUCCGAGGGCCUCCGGCGUCCGGCCUCGUUUCUCUGGGCCCUGGCGGCGGUGGGCGUUUCGGACCCAGAGGCCAUUCACGCAGCUUGCGUGGAGAUGGCCAAGUGCGGGCUCAGCCGCGAGGACGUGUCGAGGGUCCUCUGGUCCAUGGAGAUGCUGAGUGCCUGGAACCCCCGCAUCUACAGGUCCAUCAGCCAAGAGUUCAUGCAAGAAAUCAACAGCACUGGACUCGAGGAGCUUGCCAUGGUCGCCUGGGGCCUGGUCUCAGCCGAACCCUCCGUGCUCACGGCGAUCCAGCACAGGGUGGAGAGGAAGCUGAAGAACUUGAGGAAGAGGGCGCCAAGUCGAUUGGUCUUCAACCGCCUGGGCAUGUCGGCGAUGGGCAUAGCAGGUUCCUUUGCGCUGGCGGGAGAACUGCAGCAGAGCCUGAAAGCCUCGGUGCAAGAAGCGCUGCUGGAAACUGGAAGGGAUCUUGACAGAGGCGCCUGGCAGAAGAAGACCAGCCUCAGCCCCUUUCUGCCCAGCCUCGAGAACUUCAACAUUUCGGCCACGGUGGUGUGGGACCGCUCGGAGGGCGCCGUCUUUUCCAAACCACCUGGUUGGGAAGUCUAUGGAGCCCACACGACAUACCAGCUGUCAUCGUUGGCUGCCAGCCUCUUUGGCAACCUCCGGAUCCUCGGUGAUGCCCGUCACAACUUUGGCUUCCUGCACCGCUUGGACGUGCCAAGUUCAGGCCUGAUCAUGUUCGCGAAGACCUAUGCUGCCUUCUACGACUUGCAACUGCAGUUGCACUUCGGGACCUUCGCUCGUGAGUAUACCUGCCUGGCCCAUGGAUGGCUACCGUCUCGGACAAGUAUCACUUUGAAGGUACAAUCAGGCACGACCGGCCUGACAAGCUCGGGAGGGCGCGGAAAGUGGAGCCAGACUCGCUUGAGACUCCUGGGUUACCUGUGCCUCCCUGGCGCUUCCUGCGGUGCUUUCAGCCAUGUCAUUCUGCAGAUUGUCACUGGAAGGAAGCACCAGAUCAGGAGCCACAUGGCGCACAUCGGCCACCCGACCGCCCGAGACAGCUACACAAGCACCGUGACAUUUGAGGAAGAUUCCGCGCUUUGCUCUCGAAACUGGCUGCACAGACACCUGCUCAGCUUUCGAGAUCAAGCCGGCAAUCUUCACCAAAUCCAUUCACCGUUGCCGCCAGACCUGCGCCAGACUUUCGAGAUGGCAUGUACAGUCAGGCAAGUCAAGAAACAAAGACCGCCAGCAACAUCCCGGCAUGCCAUGCCCAAUUAA